UUAUAAGUCCCGACUCUUACCUAUAUGCUCUUGAAUAAGUGUAAUCUUUCUAGAGAAAUCUAAUACAACUUAUAAAACACUAGUAUCGUAAGCCGGCAAGCCGUGAAAAUGAAUUCAGACCCUACAUCAGAUGAUGAUUCCAGCAGCGAUGUCAGCUCAAUACCUGCAAAACGUGCAAGGGCUGAUACUUAUGGAGCAUCAUCCACCACAUCACAUGGUUCAAUUCUACCAGAUUCUGAUGAUGAUGAUGAUGAUGAUGAAACUCCAGAUUCAUAUGAUCAUUCUCAAGCUACUGGAAAGGAACAUAUGAAAAUGAAUUUAAACCACACAGCAGAGCAGAGCCCAGAAGGCAAUUUAAGAUUAAGUAGGAGCAGCUUGAGUGAGAAUUGUUCAUCUCCUAAUGAUGAUUAUAGACCUGGAUUUGAUAGUGUUGAUACUGAUAAUGAGAAUGCUGAUGGAAGGCCAAGUUUUCAAAGUUCCAAUGAAAAUGCUUUCUAUAACAAAAAUUCUGAACAUUCAGAAAUGAUUGAUAGUGGACCAUACUCGGAGAAGUCAAAACGGAUGAUGAGCAAUAUGGGUUUCAAACCUGGUAAAGGUUUAGGUAAAUUUGAACAUGGUAGAGUGGAGCCCAUAGAGGCAUCAACUCAAAAGGGUAAAAGAGGUCUGGGUUUUCAAGCCUCAGCUGUUGGAGAAGCACCUAAAGAUUUUAAAUGGUCACCUGAUACUGCUCCCCCUCCUACAGCUGCGGAAGAAGUACUUUGGAUGCCAUCAUCGCUAUCUGAGCCCCUUUCUGGUGCUGACUUACAAGAAUGGUUACAAAUUGGUCCCAAAAAGUUGACAAUUGAAGAUGAAACAAAUUUUGUAGAUCCGGGCAUCUUGCAAGGCAUUUUGAAAUCUAAGACUAUUUUUGAUACCUUGGAUGACGAAGAUUUUAGACAUGCACGUUUCCGUAGUAAUCCAUAUGAAACGAUAGGCGCCGUAAUCUUUUUGAACCGCGCUGCUGUUAAGAUGGCCAACAUGGAUGCGGUAUUUGAUUUCAUGUUCACAAAACCAACAAAACAGACAGGUGAACCAGCAGUUGGCAACAAUGAUUUGCUGUAUUUUGCUGAUGUUUGUGCCGGUCCUGGAGGUUUCUCUGAGUAUGUUUUGUACCGAAAAGGCUGGCGCGCAAAAGGAUUCGGGUUUACGUUAAAAGGUCAGAAUGAUUUUAAACUUUCGGAUUUUUACGCCGGUACAUCUGAGACGUUCAAUCCUUAUUAUGGCGUUAAAGAGGACGGUAAUGUUUUCGAUCCAGCUAAUCUCACGUCCCUGAAAGAUUUUGUCCUGAGCCAAACGGAUGACCAAGGCGUACAUUUUCUUAUGGCUGAUGGUGGAUUUUCAGUAGAAGGUCAAGAGAACAUACAGGAGAUACUCUCUAAGCAACUCUACUUGUGCCAAUGCCUAGCCGCAUUGAUGCUCGUCCGUACUGGCGGUAAUUUUGUGGUGAAAUUGUUCGAUGUGUUUACACUAUUCAGCGUUAGCCUUAUUUACAUGAUGUACAGAUGUUUUGAAAAAGUGUCUAUUCACAAGCCGGUUACUUCAAGGCCUGCUAAUUCGGAGAGAUAUUUGGUGUGUAAGUGGAAGAGGCUGGGCACAGAGUCAGUGGAGCAACAUCUGUUCUCAGUGAACUCUAAACUGUGGCGGGGAAUGGACAAGGAGAGUGAUAUCACCUCGCUCGUGCCCCUCACGGUGCUACAGGAAGACACGGACUUCUGUCAAUACAUUUACAAAAGCAACUGCAUACUUGGUAAAAACCAAAUUGAAAACCUGCUCAAAAUCGCUGCAUUCAGCAAAGAUAAAAAUUUAGUGGAACAAAGCCAAGCGACUAUGAGAACAGAAUGUUUGAGCUUGUGGCAAUUGCCGGAUAAAGUGAGGACUCAGCCAGAGAGAUUGAACCCCGAUGAGACAAUGACGAGAAUACUGAGUGGCAUGGACAAGCGCACGUCGGACGCACACAACGCGCAUUCCUUCAAAACCGUGGUGUUUUCCAAACAGCCGGCGUACCUGGAGAAGAUCUCCGAUUUAGGAAUAUUGAGGAAUGUCUAUGACUGGCAUUUCACAGUUUUGAGCAGCGGAAAAAACAGUAACGACACCAAAAUGUUUUUAGGCUGUGGAGGUAAACGGGUAUUUCAAUUGGAUAAAACAGGUUGGAGAAAUCUUGGUGAUUUGCAGACCUGUAUAACUUUACCUCCGAAAACACUUUUUUAUGGUGAGCUUGUGAAGGAGUACUGUGGACAAGGACUUAAUCAAUAUUUCAAUAAAGCAAUUCAUGUUAUUGACGCUUUGAUGCUUGGUGGUAUUGACAUUUCACAUAUGUCAUUAACGGACAGAAUAAAUCAAUGUAAUUUAUUCUGCACUGCUAUAGAAAAGCAUUCUGGGGAUUUGGAAAAGCAUUCUAGCGAUGUAGCACUGCGGUGUAAGCGAUUCUUUAAUAUGGAAAACUUUUCAUCAGCUGUGUGCAAUUUGGAAUAUAGGACUAUGAAAAGAGGAAUGAAAGUUGUCUCAACCAAGGUACCAAUGAGAAUUAGUGGCAAAGAGAAAUACUUUGUCGUAGGUUCUGUGCUGUUUAUGAAAGAGAUCAGAGACCCCUGGAUCGCUCAAAUAUCUAAAAGCAGGCAAUGUAAGUAUUAUUACAAAAUGGGAAAGGAUCGAGUACCAAAGAGCGAUUAUCAUCUGGUAGGUGAGGCAUGCUUGGACAUGUUAUCCGCGUAUGCCACUCGAGUCUUGUGGCCUUGGGAAGAAGCUGCCAUUCCGAUAUUCGAAGGACAACCGAAAGUCGGAAUUUCAAAGGUUGACAUGGAGGAAUAUAUUUCCAAAAAUAUUACAAGAUAAUGAACAUAAAUAGCACAUAACUAUGAAAUAAAAUUCAAGCAUCGUUUUA